UUUCCCGCGACGCCGCGCCCGGAGCCAACGCAGCCCGCAUGGCCCGGCCCCGCCGUCCCUCCGGAGCGUGUCUGCUGCUCGCCUGCGCAGGCUUCCUGGCCGCCGCCGCGGGUCUCGAAGCCCCGGAGCCCCGCGCGCCCGCGGUGACCAGCGCGCACUCGCAGCCGCCUGGCACCGAACGGCCCGCUGGCCGCACCGCCCGCCCGCCGGAGCCCACCACAGUGCAUGCACAUAGCGUGGAUCCCCGGGAUGCCUGGAUGCUCUUCGUCAGGCAGAGUGACAAAGGUGUCAACAGUAAGAGGAGGAGCAGGACCAAGGCCAGGCGGCUUGAGCUUGGCCUGCCAGGACCUCCAGGACCUCCAGGACCCCAGGGCCCCCCAGGCCCCUUCAUCCCACCUGAGGCUCUGCUGAAGGAGUUCCAGCUACUGCUGAAAGGCGCGGUGCAGCAGCGGGAGCAUGUGGAGCCCGAGCCCUGCACGGGUGGUCCCAGUGGACCAGCGGCGGGAAGCCCUUCUCCGGUCCCAGCCUCCUCGGGGCGCAAGGAGGACGAGGACCCGGGGGCCGUGUUGACGCUUCUGGCUCCACCCCUGGCCCCAGGCCCACCGGUGGCGCGCGUGGAGGCCGCGUUCCAUUGCCGCCUGCGCCGGGACGCACCGGUGGGGCGGCGCGCACUGCACGAGAUCGGCGUCUACUAUCUGCCCCACGCGGAGGGCGCCUUUCGCCGCGGCCCGGGACUGAACCUGACCAGCGGCCAGUACACCGCGCCGGUGGCCGGCUUCUAUGCGCUCGCCGCCACGCUGCACGUGGCCGUUGGGGAGCAGCCCAGGCGGGGGCCGCCGCGACCCCGGGACCGCCUGCGCCUGCUGAUCUGCAUCCAGUCCCUUUGCCAGCACAAUGCCUCCCUGGAGACCGUCCUGGGGAUGGAGAACAGCAGUGAGCUCUUCACCAUUUCAGUCAACGGUGUCCUGUAUCUGCAGACAGGGCAGUACACCUCAGUCUUUUUGGACAAUGCCAGCGGCUCCUCCAUCACGGUGCGCAGUGGCUCCCACUUCAGUGCUGUCCUUCUGGGUGUGUGAGCAGUUGUUGCAGGUUCUUACCCCCACCAGGCAAACCGAGCAGAGGUCCUGAUUUCUACAGUGUCAAGUGACAGUGGCCCUGUGCAGAAGGAAGCCCACUUGGACCUCUGUGGAUGACUCCCAGCAUGGCCACCUCUGGCAUUUCUGCAGAGGUGAUGGAAGUAGGCUGUCCCAGAACCAGCAGCAACUUCUCAAUGUCCUGAGCCCUGCUUGGCUAUCCUGGAACUGUCCCCAGCUGCAGGGCUAGGGCCUCUUGUGCUCCUUUGUGGCCCCAUACAGCCCCAAAUCCCUUUCCCAGCCUCUCCAGCACUCUGCAGAGUUCUAGUAGGGCCACUGCCUGAAAGAGGGUCAGCCUGCAUGCAGCUAGGCCAAGGGGAGUGACUGCAUCACCUUAGUCCUCAGAGGAAAGCCAAGGUCAUCUUGGCCAUGCACACUGCCCAUUUGGGUUCCUGGGCAUGCCCUGCCUGUCCUGCAGCCUCAGGAACCUAGGGUUGCUGAAGAGAGACCUCGAGGGGCCAGUUUCUACUUCUGGUGCAACCAGGAUGAACUACAGGUCCCCUGAUGGGCACUCUAGCAAAUGGGCAUUAUACUCCCCUCCGUCCCUUUCAGAUAUAGCCACCCUCAAGCUCCAUAGAGGCUGCCAGCCACUAGACCCCUUUCCCAACCCCUCUGAGGUUCUGGCUCAUUGCUAAGACCCACCACCAAGCACAGGUCAGAGCACAAUUAUGCACACUGGAGAUGCCUACCUGCUCAUGAGCUUCCCUGAGAGGCCAGCUCCUAAUGCGAGGGUGGAGAGGGUGCUACCCAAGAGAAGCAGGGCUGGCCCCCAAUAAGCAGUGGAGAGGGACAGGCCUUCCGCAGUGACCUCCAAGGCCCCCACUGCCUGAGAAAGAGUUGAUAGCCUACCCACAUCCAUACCCUUGGGCUACGUGGAACCUAGUGCUUCGGGAUCUCAGGCACCAACCUGCCUAGCAGGAGUACCCCAGUGUGGGAGAGGAGACAGCAGCCACAGUCAUUAUUCUUUCAGCUGGCCUCAGAAUGAGGUGGCCAGAGGCAGCCAAUGAGACAGCUUCCUUGCCCACUUCACAAUCACACCUCUUCCCCAGCCAGGCUGCUGACGCCCGGCAACAGGUAAACCAAGGGCUAGCCUGACCCAAUUCUCAGUAGGGCUUGUACCCACCCUACCAGGAAGCAGCAGGCUGGCCUGGGUCCUGACUCCCUGGCAUUUUGAUAAGGACAUGGGGUGGCCACGCCCUUCUCUGGAUUUCACUUUGUAUCCAGCACGCACAGACAUUUUAGAGAAGUUAUCUUUUGCUCUUCAAAAAGCCAC